AAGCUCGUCUCCUCGGACGCCGCGGCGCAAGACCAGUUCGGUUACUCCGUCGCCAUCCACAACGAGAUCAUCGUCGUCGGCGCGACCAUGGAAGAAGUCGCCGCCAAUUCGGGCUCGGCCUACAUCUUCAAGACUUCCGACGGCGGCGCGACCUGGCCCCAGGUGGCGAAGCUCGUCGCGCCGGACGCCGAGGCGAGCGACCGCUUCGGCUACUCCGUCGCUGUCGAGGGCAACCUCGUCGUCGUCGGCGCAUUGCAGGACGACACCUACGCGGGCUCGGCGUACGCGUUCCUCACGUCGGACGGCGGCGCGACCUGGGACCAAGGCGAAAAGUUCGUUGCCGACGAUCGCGCGGCGGAAGACCGCUUUGGCACUGACGUGGAGAUAAGCGGCGACGUCGUCGUCGUUGGCGCGCACACUGCGCACACUGCUUGGCGCCAACCGACGGGGGCCGCCUACGUCUUCCGCGCAACCGACGGGCGCGCGGGCUGGACGCAAGAAGCCAAGCUCGUCGCAAGCGACGUCGCGGCAAACGACCUCUUCGGUUAUGCAGUUUCCAUCAACGAGGCCGGAGACGUGAUCGCCGUCGGUUCAUUCCUUGACAACGACCACGGCUCCUGGUCUGGCUCGGCGUAUGUCUUCCGCACGACGGACGGCGGUGCGACCUGGACCCAAGCGGCCAAACUUGCCCCAGGCUCGGAAAACUAUCGCUUCGGCGCAAGUCUCUCCAUCAGUGGCAACACACUCGCCGUCGGCGCGUACGGGUCCGACACCUUCACUGGCCGUGCUUACCUCUUCUCAACGACGGACAACGGCGCGAGCUGGACCCAAGACGCCAAUUUGCAGGGCAGCGGUUACGCGGUGAACGACCGCUUCGGUGAACACCUCGUCCUCAGUGGCAACCGACUCGUCGUCGGGGCG